ACGCGGAAGUGCCUAGAGGACACUGAGGAGACAAGACCAUGAGAACAAGAGAAACACGGAGAACGAGGACAGAGCGGGGGAAUUAAUAUUACAAUUCGCAGGCUUGAAUAUUGUAAUGUGGCAGUUCUUUUCUUUGAACUCAUGUUUUAUGUGAGAAGUUUGACAAAGGUCUCAGUGUAUUCACCUACAGCUGCUGGGGUAGCUUAAUACCAAUGGGCACAUUAUUCACAAAGUGAUGUGUUCUUCAUAGAAACUGACAUUUGCACGUUGAAUAUUUGGAACUAAUAGCUCUGUUUUAUAGAUUGCACUGAUAAUGCUCAGUAUGGCAUGUAGUAGAUGUUUGUGGAGGACUGCUGGUUUAUAUAAGAGACCAAUUCGAAUAAUAACACCUGGGAAGAACAGAGGAAUCCAUGUGUCAUCUGUAAGAAACACCAUCAUGCCAGCGUGGGUGAUCGACGAUUACGGGAAGAAUGAUGUCCUGCGCUUCAAUGAAAAUAUGCUUUUCCCUGUCAUCAAUUACCCCAAUGAAAUCAUCAUCCAGGUGCAUGCUGCAAGUAUCAACCCCAUUGAUGUCAAUAUGAGAAAUGGUUAUGGAGCUGCCAGCCUGAGUAUGACUCGUGAUCCCCUGCUCAUGAAAACAGCGGGCAGUGAGUUCCCUAUAAUUCUAGGAAGAGAUGUUUCCGGAGUUGUAAUGGAGUGUGGACUUGCAGUGAAAUACUUUAAACCUGGAGAUAAGGUCUGGGCAGCAGUCCCUCCAUGGAAGCAAGGCACUUUUGCAGAAUUUGUUGUUGCAAAUGCCAAUGUGGUGUCCUUGAAGCCAAAGUCACUUAGUCAUACAGAAGCUGCUUCCUUGCCUUAUGUUGCCCUCACAGCAUGGGCUGCCCUUGUUAACAGCUGCGGUUUGAAAAAGGAAACCUGUCCAGGAAAACGCGUUUUAAUAAUUGGUGCAUCUGGAGGAGUUGGCACAGCUGCCAUCCAGUUAUUAAAAGCAUGGGGGGCACAUGUGACUGUUGUUUGCUCUGGAGGGGCUCAAACACUGAUGAAGGACCUGGGAGCUGAUGACUUUAUUGAUUACACAGCAGCAAGUCUAAAAGACCAGCUGAAGACAAGAGACUUGUUUGAUGUUAUUCUUGACAAUGUAGGUGGAACGAGUGAAGAAUUGGCUCUUCAGUACCUUAAGCCAUGGUCUGGAGCUUCAUACUGCACACUGGUUACUCCUUUUCUGCAUAACACUGAUCGACUGGGUAUAGCAGAUGGAAUGAUGCGUUCCGGUAUGACUCUGGGAUCAAAAGUAAUAAAGCACCUCUGUAAAGGGAUCCACUACCGUUGGGGAUUUUUUACCCCCAGUGGGCCAGCCCUAGAUGAAUUUGGUGAACUUGUGGAUGCUGGCAAGAUGCGCCCUGUUGUUGAAAAAGUGUUUCCAUUUUCCGAUGUUCCUCAAGCUUUUGAUAAGUUAGAAGCAGGACAUGCACGAGGAAAAACAGUAAUUCAGGUCAUUGAAUCAAAACAAUAAAACUUUUGUACAUUCUA